GUAAAAGCGGCGCGUCGCAUCUCGUCGCCGCUAUACCGGGUGUACGCGGGUGUACCGGGUGCACAAGUGCGCGUAUAAAGAUCGCGUGGGCCCCGUCGGCUCGUGGAGUCUCUCGCGGGCCUCACUACUGGGACGACGACGAGCACCACCGGCUGCACUUGGCGCGCGCGCACCGCCUCGCGCUUCCCCGACACCCGCACUUUCCCCUCGUCGCGACGACCGCGGCUCUACGAGGAGAAGCCACGACUCGUUGCACUUUCUCGGGCUGCAUAGGACGACACGGCCAUGCGUCUCCUGCUUGUGGUGUGCCUACUGGCAACGAGCUACUGCCAGGAUGACCUCUUCCGCAAGCCGGAGAAGAUUAUUAAGGCUUCGAACGAUGUGGGCGAUAAACUCGGCAAUUACGCAUUCGUGUACGAGACCGAAGGUGGAAUACUCCAGAAGGAGGUAGGCUCGCGCAAGUACGAGGGCACCGACGCCGAGACUCAACUUAUCCAGGGAUCCGUCCAGUAUAACGCCCCGGACGGUACUCCCGUCGCUCUCAGCUGGACCGCCGAUGAAUUCGGUGCCCAGGUCUCGGGGACUCACCUACCGACCCCGCCACCCAUUCCCCCGGAGAUCCAGCGAGCACUAGACUGGUUGGCCAAGCAGCCGAGCACCACCGAGGAACCGACCCCAAUCCGACCAAGUUCACCCACGUCGACGCCGGUCAUUAUUAAGCAGCAAUUCAAUAAGCCUCUGUCCCUCAGGAGGCAACAGUUCUAAAUAUACAAAAAAAAAAAAAA